AAGCAGAAGCAGCUUGUCACUCCCCUGCUUGCACGUCGCCUCGUGCCCGUGACACCUUGGAACAAUCGCCGCGCAUUCCAACAAGGUGGACGUGUUGACGUGCGCGUGCGUGAGCAUCACGGCUCUGUGUGAUUUUCUUGGGGUGUUUUUUUGGGGGAGGGCGCGCACCCGAGGAAGGAACAAGGACAGGAUCGUUUUCUGCCUCUUUUUUUUUCUUUUCGCGCAGCAUCGUGUGCAGUUGCGUGCGCUGUGGGAAUAAUUCUUGCAUCCACGAGUGGGAGGCUCAGCAUCUAGUCAAGUGUGGACCCGGACGGGACCUGCUGCAUUGUCUUCAUCAUGCUCUGAGACCAAACGGCCCUCGCCAACUCACGUUUGUUGACAUAAACUGAGCGGAGAGAAGGCCGCCGCUGCCAUGGAAGUGAAAGAACGCCGACCAUACCGCUCGCUGACUUCGGCCCGUCAGGAGCCCCCCGAGAGGCGCUACACAAGCUCGUCGGCCGACAGCGAGGACGGCAAAGCCCAUCCGAGGUCCUACAGCUCCACCGAGACACUCAAGGCCUUCGACCACGACGCUCGCAUGGCAUACGGGAGCCGUGUCAAGGAGAUGGUGCACCACGAGGUGGACGAGUUUGGGCGGCCAGGUACGGAUUUCUCCCUGCGAGACCUCGGCUUCGGGGACGCCCUUCAGUCCGCCCACCACGCCGUGUCCUACCGGGGCGAGAUGGGCAUGCCGCACCGCGAAUACUCGGUCAGCGUGGGCUCCGACGCCGACACAGAGACGGACGGGAUCGUUUCUCCGGAACACGCCAUCCGGCUGUGGGGCCGCAGCGGAGGUGCCGGCAACCCGAAGUCGGGCCGAAGCUCAUGUCUCUCGAGUCGGGCCAACUCUAAUCUGACGCUGACUGACACGGAACAUGAAAACACAGAGAAUGGUCCUCCGCUGCUUUGUUCCUCCGCCUCCUCCUCCCCUGUUGAGCAGCUCCCGUACCCUCCCCCUUGUGUCGCGGCCAAUCACGGCCAGGGGGGGUUGCUAGGUAACAGUGCGGCUCAGCCAGCCCGGGACUCGGAGUCGGAGGAUGAGUUUGGCCCCGGUUCAUUCUUAGUUAAAGCCGGCUCGGGGAACUUGUACGCCGCUGCUGCUGACGACGCCGUCUUUCAGAACCACCCGCGGCUCCGAACACCCCCUUUGCCGCUGUCCCACUCUCACUCACCCAACCACCUUCAGCACCAUGCCGCCUCCAUCAACUCCUUGAACCGGGGCAACUACACGCCGCGGAGCAACAACAGCCCGGCGCCCACUGACGGCGGCUCAUCCGCACUCCCUGACGGCCCCGCGAGCGGUGGUGCACCCGAUGCGGGCGGAGCCCAGGACAACUGGCUGCUCAACAGCAACAUCCCGCUGGAGACUAGGAGCCAGAAUACUCUAAUGUUUAUUAGAGAGGAGCAAGACUCUUGCAGAGAAGGGCAGGGCUCAUACAAAACCAGGUGGACCACUGUAUUUUCCUUGUGCUCUCUGCACGCGCAUCUCACCAAUGGCUUCAUAUCCAUCUCUCCACCUGUGUGUAGAAACAUUGCAAAGCAGGCAUUCCUUGAGACUUUACAGGACAACCUCAUUGAGAUGGACAUACUGGCGUCCUCUCGCCGCGACGCUGCCUAUAAUGACGGGCACUUCCUGUUCAAGCCAGGCGGAACUUCGCCCAUGUAUUGCACCACUUCGCCCGGGUACCCGCUGACCUCCAGCACAGUGUACUCGCCGCCUCCGCGCCCCCUGCCGCGAAACACCUUCUCUCGGCCCGCUUUCAACCUGAAAAAGCCCUACAAGCACUGCAACUGGAAAUGCGCCGCCCUAAGCGCUAUCCUGGUCUCUGUCACACUGCUGUUCCUGCUGGCGUACUUCAUCGCCAUGCACCUUUUAGGGCUAAACUGGCACCUGAAACCCACGCAGCGGCAGUUGUUCCACGUGACGGACGACAAUACGAGUGGCCCGCCAUUUCCUACCGACCUGACCUUGAGGCCGCUGGGCAACUCGGGCUCGGAGGUACCUGAUCGAAGGGGCAAAGACGACAGCAAAUUGGACAGCUCGUUCCUGGACGACAGCAACAUCGACAUGGGCGAGAUCGACGUGGGCCGUAAAGUCGCUCAGCAGAUCCCGCCCGGUGUCUUUUGGAGGUCGCAAAUCUUCGUGGACCACCCCAUGUAUCUCAAGUUCAACGUGUCGCUCAGCAAAGACGCCUUAGUGGGGAUCUACGGGAGGAGGGGCUUGCCCCCGUCUCACACGCAGUUUGACUUUGUGGAGCUCCUGGACGGCCGGCGGCUACUAGUUCGAGGACCCCCGGGGCUGGAGGGGCCAGCCGCCCUGCAGCGGAGCCCGGCGCUGUUAGCCACGCACGACACAGGGUUUAUCCAGUACAUGGAGUCCGGCAUCUGGCACCUGGCUGUCUACAACGACGGGAAAGAUACGGAAACUGUUUCGUUUCUCACUACUGCCAUUGAUUCCGUCGACGAGUGCCCCAGCAGCUGCUUCGGGAACGGCGACUGCGUGGCCGGAACGUGCCACUGCUUCCUAGGAUUUAAAGGCCCCGAUUGCGGGCGAGCCGCGUGUCCGGUGCUGUGCAGCGGCAACGGUCAAUACCUGAAAGGUCGCUGCAUGUGUCACAGUGGCUGGAAGGGUUCGGAGUGUGACGUCCCCACCAACCAGUGUGUUGACGUCACGUGCAGCCACCACGGCACCUGCAUCGUUGGCACCUGCAUCUGUAAUCCAGGUUACAAAGGGGAGAACUGCGAGGAAGUGGACUGCCUGGACCCCACGUGUUCUGGCCGUGGGGUUUGCGUCCAGGGCGAGUGCCACUGCUUCGUGGGCUGGGGCGGCCAAGGCUGCGAGAGCCCGCGGGCCUCUUGCACGGACCAGUGCUCCGGUCACGGCGCCUUCCUCGCCGACACGGGCUCGUGCAGCUGCGACGCCAACUGGACCGGCCACGACUGCUCUACAGAGAUUUGCGCGGCCGACUGCGGCGGCCACGGUGUCUGCGCGUCGGGCACCUGUCGCUGCGACGAUGGCUGGACGGGCGCCGGGUGCGAGCAGAGGGCGUGUCACCCGCGUUGCAACGAGCACGGCACCUGCAAGGACGGCAAAUGCGAAUGCAGUCCCGGCUGGAACGGAGAACACUGCACCAUCGCUCACUAUCUGGAUAGGGUAGUGAAAGAGGGUUGUCCUGGCCUGUGCAACGGUAACGGCAGAUGUACCCUGGGUUCCGGCGGCUGGUACUGCGUUUGCCAGCUGGGCUGGAGGGGCAGCGGUUGCGACACCUCCAUGGAGACGGCGUGCGGCGACGUCAAGGACAACGAUGGAGACGGCCUCAUGGAUUGCAUGGAUCCGGACUGCUGUCUCCAGUCAAGUUGUCACAGUACCUCGCUGUGCGUGGGCUCACCGGACCCCCUGGACAUCAUCCAGGAGACGCAGCUGUCGGCGGGUGAGCGGGGCAAGUCGCAGAGCUUCUACGAUCGCGUUCGCUUCCUGGUGGGCCGCGAGAGCACCCACGUGGUGCGUGGCCCCAGCCCCUUCGACGCCAAGCACGCUUGCGUCAUCCGUGGACAAGUGGUGACCUCGGACGGAACGCCGUUGGUGGGCGUCAACAUCAGCUUCAUCAACAAACCGGCGUUCGGGUACACCGUCACCAGGCAGGAUGGAAGUUUCGACUUGGUGACGGACGGAGGCAUCGCCGUGGCCCUGCACUUUAAGCGCGCCCCCUUCAUCACACAGGAGCACACCCUUUGGCUGCCGUGGGGCCGCUUCUUCGUCAUGGACACGGUGGUCAUGCGCCACGAGGAGAACGACAUCCCCGGCUGCGACCUCAGCAGCUUCGCCCGACCCGGCCCUAUCGUCACGCCUGCGCCGCUCACCGCCUUUGCCGGCUCCUGCGCCGAGAGGGGGACGGUGGUGCCUGAAAUCCAGACAUUGCAGGAGGACGUCCUCAUCCCUGGUACCGACAUGAAGCUGAGCUACCUGAGCAGCAGGACGGCGGGCUACAAGUCUAUCCUGAGGGUGACCCUGACGCACAUGACCAUCCCGUUUAACCUGAUGAAGGUGCACCUGAUGGUAGCGGUGGAGGGCCGACUCUUUAGGAAGUGGUUCCCCGCCGGGCCCAACUUGCUGUAUGACUUUGUAUGGGACAAGACCGAUGUCUACGGCCAGAAGGUCUACGGCCUGUCCGAAGCUUUUGUCUCUGUGGGUUUCGAGUAUGAAUCAUGUCCUGACCUGAUCUUGUGGGAGAAGAGGACGGCUGUUCUUCAGGGCUAUGAGAGCUCGGCCUCCAAACUGGGCGGUUGGACUGUCGACAAGCACCACGCUUUGAACAUACAGAGCGGUAUUCUUCACAUGGGCAACGGAGAGAACAUUUUUAUCUCGCAACAACCGCCCGUCAUCGGCAGCGUGAUGGGCAACGGUCGGCGCCGAAGCAUCUCCUGCCCCAGCUGCAACGGCAUGGCCGACGGCAACAAGCUGCUGGCCCCGGUGGCGCUGGCGUGCGGGUCUGACGGGAGCCUCUACGUGGGCGACUUCAACUACGUGCGGCGGAUCUACGCCACGGGCAAUGUCACUAGCGUGUUGGAGCUCAGAAAUAAAGACUUCCGGCAUAGCAACAGUCCGGCCCACAAGUACUACUUGGCCAGCAGCCCAGUGAACGGCGCCGUGUACCUGUCGGACACCAGCAGCCGCAAAGUCUUCAAGGUCAAGUCCUUGAACGCGCCCAAGGACGUUGCCAAGAACGUGGAGGUGGUGGCCGGCACCGGAGAUCAGUGCUUGCCAUACGAUGACGCCCGCUGUGGGGACGGGGGCAAAGCGACCGAGGCCACGCUGACCAAUCCGAGAGGCAUCACGGUAGACAAAUACGGAAUCAUCUUUUUCGUGGACGGCACCAUGAUUCGUCGGGUGGACCAGAACGGCGUCAUCUCCACCCUCCUUGGCUUCAACGACCUCACCUCCGCCCGACCCCUAAGCUGCGACUCGGUCAUGGACAUCUCUCAGGUCCGACUGGAAUGGCCCACAGACCUUGCAGUCAGCCCCCUGGACAACUCUCUGUACGUUCUGGACAACAACGUGGUGCUCCAGAUCUCCGAGAACCACCAAGUGCGCAUCGUGGCGGGCAGGCCCAUGCACUGCCAAGUUCCAGGCAUCGAUCACUUCCUCAUGAGCAAGGUGGCCAUCCACGCAACGCUGGAGUCAGCCAACACGCUUGCUGUGUCCCACACCGGCGUGCUGUACAUCGCCGAGUCAGAUGAGAAGAAGAUCAACCGGGUGCGGCAGGUGUCCACCAACGGAGAGAUCUCCCUGGUGGCGGGGGCGCCGAGUGGUUGCGACUGCAAGAACGACGCCAAUUGCGAUUGUUACUCCGGAGACGAGGGCUAUGCUAAGGAUGCCAAGCUAAACGCGCCAUCCUCCUUGGCCGUCUGCCCGGACGGAGAGCUUUACAUCGCUGACUUGGGCAAUAUCCGCAUCCGCUACGUGCGUAAGAACAAGCCUUACCUGAGUCCCCUCAACAUGUACGAAGUGUCGUCGCCCAUCAACGACGAACUCUACCUCUUCGACGCCAACGGUAGCCACGUGUUCACUCAAAGCCUGACCACUGGUGACCACCUGUACAACCUGACGUACACGGGAGCAGGUGACUUGAGCACUAUCACGGACAAGAAUAAGAACGUGGUGACCGUCAGAAGGGACACCACCGGGAUGCCCCUGUGGAUCAUGGCGCCCGACGGGCAGACCUUUUGGUUCACCAUGGGCACCAACAGCGCCCUGAAAAGUGUGGCGGCACAGGGCCAGGUGCUCGCUGUCAUGACGUACCACGGGAGCUCUGGCCUGCUUGCCACCAAAACCAACGAGGACGGGUGGACCACCUUCUUUGAGUACGACAGUUUCGGCCGUCUGACCAACGUCACUCACCCAACAGGCCGCGUGAGUAGCUACCGCUCAGACACUGACAGCGCCGUCCAUGUCCAGGCAGAGGGCGCCGCCAAGGAAGACGUGACGGUCACUACCAACCUGUCGGCCUCGGGCACCUUCUACACGCUCAUGCAGGAUCAAGUACGCAACAGCUACUUCAUCGGCCUGGAUGGCUCCUUGCGGCUGGCCUUGGCGAACGGCAUGGAGGUGUCUCUACACACAGAACCCCAUCUGUUAGCCGGUACGGUUCACCCCACAGUUAGCAAGCGCAACAUCACGCUAGCCUUGGACAACGGCCUCAACCUGGUGGAGUGGAGACAACGGAAGGAGCAGGCUCGGGGUCAGGUCACCGUCUACGGACGCAGGCUACGGGUUCAUAACAGAAACUUGUUGUCGCUGGACUUCGAUCGAAUCACCAGGACUGAAAAGGUCUACGAUGACCACAGGAAAUUUACGCUGCGAAUCCAUUACGACCAUGCCGGGCGGCCCACUCUCUGGGCCCCGAGCAGCCGACUGAAUGGAGUCAACGUGACCUACUCUGCCGGGGGACACGUUGCGGGCAUUCAGAGAGGCACCAUGUCGGUACGCAUGGACUACGACCAUAAAGGCAGGAUCACCUCCAAGAUGUUUGCAGAUGGCAAAUCAUGGAGCUACACUUAUCUAGAGAAGUCUAUGGUGCUGCUACUCUACAGCCAGAGACAGUACAUCUUCGAAUUCGACAAGAAUGACCGUCUCUCAUCUGUGACCAUGCCCAACGUGGCGCGUCAGACCCUGGAGACGGCGCUCUCCAUCGGCUACUACAGAAACACAUACCGGCCUCCCGAGGGUAACGCCUCAGUGUUGCAGGACUACAGCGAGGAAGGCCAAUUGCUGCAGACCACCUACCUCGGCACGGGCCGUCGGAUUAUCUACAAGUACGGAAAACUGUCCAAACUUCUAGAGAUUCUUUACGACACAACCCGCAUCGGCUUCUCCUACGACGAGGUGGCCGGUAUGCUCAAGACGGUCAACCUGCAAAGCGAGGGCUUUACCUGCACCAUCCGCUACCGCCAGAUCGGGCCACUGAUUGACCGUCAGAUUUUCCGCUUCAGCGAAGAGGGCAUGGUCAAUGCCCGAUUUGACUACGUCUAUGACAACAGCUUCCGCGUCACCAGCAUGCAGGCGGUCAUCAAUGAAACGCCGCUGCCUAUUGACCUGUACCGCUACGAUGACGUUUCGGGCAAGGCGGAACAGUUUGGAAAGUUUGGCGUCAUCUACUAUGACAUCAAUCAGAUCAUCACCACAGCAGUUAUGACACACACCAAACACUUUGACGCUUAUGGUCGCGUGAAAGAGGUGCAGUAUGAAAUCUUCCGCUCCCUCAUGUACUGGAUGAUGGUGCAGUACGACAACAUGGGUCGCGUGGUUGCCAAGGAACUGAAGGUGGGACCUUAUGCAAACACCACGCGCUACACGUACGAGUACGACUCGGAUGGCCAACUCCAGGUGGUCUCCAUCAACGACAAGCCUCUGUGGCGCUACAGUUACGACCUCAACGGCAACCUGCACCUUCUGAGCCCGGGCAACAGCGCUCGCUUAACUCCAUUACGUUACGACAUCAGGGACCGUAUAACUCGCUUGGGGGAUGUCCAGUACAGGAUGGAUGAAGACGGUUUUCUCCGGCAGAGAGGCAAUGACUACUUUGACUAUAACUCGGCCGGACUUCUAGUGAAGGUGUACAACAAAGCGAGCGGCUGGAAUAUCCGCUACCGCUACGACGGCUUGGGCCGGAGGGUGUCCAGCCGGAGCAGCGUGGGCCACUACCUGCAGUUCUUCUACGCAGAUUUAUCCAGCCCUACGCGGAUCACCCAUAUGUACAACCAUACAAGCUCUGAGAUCACGUCGCUGUACUACGACCUACAGGGCCAUCUGUUCGCCAUGGAGCUGAGCAGCGGCGAUGAGUUCUACGUAGCCUGUGACAACAUCGGCACACCUCUGGCCGUCUUCAGCGGCUCGGGCCACAUGAUCAAGCAGGUGCUCCACACAGCGUUCGGUGAGGUCUACCUGGACACCAACCCCAGCUUCCAGGUCAUCAUCGGCUAUCAGGGUGGUCUGUAUGAACCCCUCACCAGACUGGUGCACAUGGGUCGCAGGGACUACGACGUCUUGGCCGGGCGCUGGACCACGCCUGACCAUGAUGUUUGGAAACGUCUCAACAGCGGCCACAUUGUGCCGUUCAACUUGUACAUGUUCAAAAACAACAACCCGCUCAGCAACAACGAAGAGAUCAAAUGUUACAUGACGGACGUCCACAGUUGGCUGGUGACCUUCGGCUUCCAGCUGUACAACGUCAUCCCCGGCUACCGCAAGCCAAACACGGACACGGUGGAGCCGUCCUACGAACUGCUCCGAACGCAGAUCAAGACCCAGGAGUGGGACAGCACCAAGUCGCUGCUGGGUGUUCAGUGUGAAGUUCAGCGUCAGUUGAAAGCCUUCGUGAAGUUGGAGCGCUUCGGCCAGAUCUACGAUGCCAAAAGCGCCGGCUGCCCCCAGACUGAGCCCAAAACGGCAUUUGCCUCGGCGGGCUCCAUCUUUGGCAAGGGCGUCAAGUUCUCCAUCCGCGACGGCCGCAUCAGCACGGACAUCAUCAGCCUGGCUAACGAGGACGGGCGUCGCAUGGCCGCCGUGCUGAACGACGCCUUCUACCUGGAAGCGCUUCGCUACACGAUCGCCGGCGUGGACACGCACCACUUCGUCAAGCUGGGCUCGGUGGAGGGCGACCUGGGCCUCAUCGGCAUGGCGGUGGGCCGCCGCACGCUGGAGAACGGCGUCAACGUGACGGUGUCGCAGGUCAACGCCGUGCUCAACGGCCGCACUCGCCGUAUCACCGACAUCCAGCUGCAGUACGGUGCGCUUAGCCUCAACACGCGAUACGGCAGCAGCGUGGACGAAGAGAAGGCACGGCUGCUGGAGGCGGCGCGUCAGCGGGCCGUGGCGCAGGCGUGGGCCCGAGAACGCCAGAGACUACGCGACGGCGAAGAGGGCUCGCGCACCUGGACCGAGGGCGAGAAGCAGCAGCUGCUGGGCUCGGGGAAAGUGCAGGGCUACGACGGCUUCUACGUGGUGUCGGCCGAGCAGUACCCCGAGCUGGCCGACAGCGUCAACAACGUCCACUUCAUGAGACAGAGCGAAAUGGGCCGCAGGUGACAUGAACGCGCUACGCGGCGCGACGGACUCGCGUGGACCACAGCGGACCUCUUGCCAAAGACGCUUCGGUACGCCGCCGUAUUGGUUAUUUGUGUGUGCAACUUGAUUUGGAAUAGAAAAGAUCACAAAAAAAAAAAAAACAUGGUCUAUCCGGGUUGUCAUUUGUUCUUUCCAUUUUUUUCAUAUAGAAAUGAAAAUCCCAAAAUAUAAUGCAAAAACAUUUUCGGUGUGUAAUUGAAUUUUAGUAUUUUUUUGGACUACAAGUCGCACCUUAGUAUAGCUCGCACAAGCCAAAGUAUGCACAAAGAAGAGGGGGGAAAAACCGUCACAUUUUUAUUUAUCAGAAACCAAGUAUAAACAUUGUCCAUUGAAGUAUUAUUGGUAAAAUGGAGAUAAACAGGCUAAAUAGGCAUCUGUAACAUAAAAACAUAACAAUCUUGCCACUGUCAGAGUGAAAAGAACAUAAUAAGUCAAAGUGUCAAACUGUGAGGAAAUUGCGACUUAUAGUCCAGAAAAUACGGUGCACUGAGGUUAAUUUGUGGCAGAUCAUUUGGGCCUUUAAAGCGACACAAAACCACAAAUACUGUAUUGGCCCGAAUACAAGACGGUGUUUUUUGCAUUGAAAUAAGACUGAAAAAUAGGGUGUUAUCUUAUAUUCGCGGUCUAGACGUUAUACCCAUUCACGACGCUAGAUUGCGCCAGAUAUCAUUGAAGCCUUGUUCUGUCAUGACUAGGGCUGUCAAAUGAUUAAUAUUUUUAAUCGAGGUAAUCACAGCUUAAAAAUUAAUUAAUCGUAAUUAAUCGCAAUUCAAACCAUCUAUAAAAUAUGCCUUAUUUUUCUGUAAAUCAUUGUUGGAAUGCAAAGAUAAGACACAAGAUGGAUAUAUACAUUCAACAUACUGUACAUAAGUACUGUAUUUGUUUAAAGCGAUCCAUGGAUAGAAAGACUUGUAGUUCUUAAGAUAAAUUUUAGUUCAAGUUAUAAAAAUUUUAUAUUAAAACCCCUCUUCAUGUUUUCGUUUUAAUAAAAUUUGUAAAAUUUUCAGUCAAAAAAUAAACUAGUAGCUCGCCAUUGUUGAUGUCAAUAAUUACACAGUGCUCAUGGUGCUGAAACGCAUAAAAUCAGCCGCACCCAAGCGCCAGCAGAGGGCGAUAAAACACCAAAAAACACAAGUAACAAGUGGACAUGACUGUGCUGUCAUUUUAAUCGGUUCUAACGGGGCAUGUGCGUUAAAUGCGUCAAAUAUUUUAACGUGAUUAAUUGAAAAAAUUAAUUACCGCCCGUUAUUUAUUUUGGCAGGCCUAAUAUAUACCCAAAAAAUGUAUGUUAAAAAUAGGUGGGGGGCGUGACCCUAUUUCACAGUUUUUCCACUUUCUGCGAUUGGUGCAUAAAAUCAGUCGCACCCAAGCGCCAGCAGAGGGAGACAAAAACACAAGUAACAAGUGGACAUGACACUCUGCUGUCAUUUUAAUCUGUAUGAGCGCGGCAUGUGUGUUAAUUGCGUCAAAUAUUUUAACGUGAUUAAUGAAAAAAAUUAAUUACCGCCGGUUAACGCGAUAAUUUUGACAGCCCUAGUGAUGACAGAUCUCAGCUACUCUCAGGUAUUGCAUCAUUUUAUUGCAAUGUUUUUCUUUAUUCAGAUUUUUUUCAAGACUAGAGUUACAGUUAGACUUCACUUUGAUGGUUAAUGCAGAUAUUGCAAUUUUUUAUUUUUUUUUAUCACAAUACAUUGGUUUAUUUACAUUUAAAAACCAGAAACCAUUCAUUUAUGAAUGUGAUUGCCCUUUAGUUUACAUAUUUAAAUGUUCAGAUAUUAAGAUUUGAAUGAGGCAAAAUAACAUGCUUUUUCUCUCACAUAUAUUGUUAGAAUCAUUUGUUUCGGAUGUACUGUAAUUAUUUUCUGUAUAAAAAUUAAUUGGGUGUUCAAAAAGGCUUUUUUCAAUCAAGUCUUGAAAAAGAGGGGGUCUUCUUAUAAUCAGGGCCGUCUUAUAUUCGGACCAAUACGGUAUAUCUUUUCAUGGGACUGACAAAAUGAAACUUUGACAGAAUAAAAAGUAGUCUGUGUGCAGCUUAUGUAAUAGAGUUCAUUUAUUUUCCCCUCAAAAUUUAGCCAUUAAUAUUUGUCAUUUUCCCUUCAAAAUGUCCCGUGACUCGUUACAGGAGUGCUGUCAGCAUUGCUGCAGAGAUUGAAGAGGUGGGGGGGUCAGCCUGUUAGUGCUCUGACCAUACGCCGCACUCUACAUCAAAUUGGUGUGCAUGGCUGUCACCCCACGAGGAAGCCUCUUCUGAAAACUGUACACAUGAAAGCCCGCAAACAGUUUGCGAAGACAUGUCAACAGAGCACAUGGAUCACUGGAACCAUGUCCUAUGGUCUGAUGCAGUGUUUUUCAACCGGUGUGCCGCGGCACACUAGUGUGCCGUGAGAGAUUGUCAGGUGUGCUGCGAGAAAUUAUCCAAUAUUGCAUUUAUUGCAAGGAAAGACUAGGUAGAAAGUUAAGGUUGUUUGCAGAUGAGCGAGGUAUUGCUCGUGUCACGUUAAAGAACUGCUGUGAUUUCUAUCCAUCAGCCACCUUGCUGUCCACAACAAUGUGGACCUCAGCACAUCUACUGUACAUAAUUGGAUUAGGCUAAUCAAGUGUCGAUAUACGGAAAAGUGUCCUUUCCAUUUUAUCCAUAUGUGACGACCGUCAAUCCUUCCCCUGUGUUUUAUUCCAACACAUUGUCGAGGACAGCAAGAAUGAAACACCCGUCACUUCAAAACAAGUCGAUUUGACUAUUUUGUUCGCUUUUGUGUAAACACAGAGAAACAGGCAACUUUUUGGAGGAACAACUGCAAAUGAGAAAGCCCUCAAAGCCAGUUGCCUUGUUGCUGAACUUGUUGCUAAAUUCAAAAAGUCCCACACCGUGGCAGAGAAAUUCAUACUACCUGCCUGCAAAGUCAUUGUCAGCGAGAGGCUUGGCCCUGAUGAGGUUAACCCUUUAACACCUAAGCCUAUUUUGGCCGAAUUUGCAUGCAUUUUAUGUUGCCUUUAUAUUUCAAAGAAAAAAUUGUUCGCAAUGGCCAAGUCGGGUCCCUUUUUUCAGGACACCUUGAACUUCAUGUCCAAACUGUUGUUUUCUUCACUGACCCAUUAUAAUCCACAUUUUGGACCCAAAAAGACAAAAAAAAUCCCAAAAUCUUUUUUCAAAAUUUGUAAUGUUGAUGUCCCAUUGACAACCAAACAUGCUCGACCAACCGUUUUGAAGCUUGAUAAUAUUUAUUCAACUUGUUAGGAUAAACAUUCAAUAGAAAAAAAUAAGAUUGAAUAGUUUUAUGCCUGACAAUUUAACACAAACAGCAGGUAUGGUCAUAGGCAUUUUUGGCCUUUACACAUACUAUGGUCAAAACAGGUUAUAUACAGUGCAAAAUAGUGAGAAAAGAAUUAUAUAUAUCAUCUAACACAGAAAGGGUUUGGAGGAUAUCUCUUUGUGAAGUUAGGUGUUGUACCCAUCACCUUAUCAAAAGUAUAUACCUACAUGCAAUCAAGCUUCUGGAACACACAUCUACAUAAAAAUUGAAAAGAUUAUAGUUUAGUUCAAUUCAAAUUUUUCAGGCAUGCGACCCAAUAAUUUUUUUUUUUUUUGCGCACUCAAUAAAGCUGCUUCUUGAACAGCUCACGGAGCUGCGUCACACAUAACGUCACACAGCCUACUCGUUCGCCGUUUGCGCGCUGCUGUCACUUCUACUCGCCGAGACGCUGACUCAUCCAAAGAAAACAACGACAAAUACGCUUCAUCUUCUUCCUUGAGUUAAUGAAAUAAUGCAUUAGCUUGCGCUAAAUGUAGUUUGAGAUGCAUUCUGCACGUUUCAAAGUCGCUCGCUCAAACCAACCGGCCGUCGCUUGCUUCGCAUGCCUCCCUUUCAUUAGUUGGCGCCUCGCUCGGAAAUUUAUUAAAAAUGAUCACAUUUGGUUCGUCCUUCUUGACAUCACAACAGCUCUUGGAAUAUGUAGUCUUUUCUGCUGCUUUCGGUUUUGAAAAAGGACAAGAAAUGAUGGAAAUAUGGAGAUAGAUACAUGGUCCAUGCAGCAUUUGAAUGCAUGUUUAUGAGUGCAAUAAAACUAUAAAACUCAAAUGACAUUAUCUCCCAUUUUUCUUGGUCGAUUGACAUCAAAUAAAAAGUGGUGUGGACAUCAACUUCCGCACUUUCAAAUGAGACCAACCAGCGGCAUGUGGGUGACGUAAUUACAGCGUGACGAAGCUUCAAAGACGAUAUGCUAAACACGUCUCUGCCGACACGUUUGGUGUUAAAGGGUUAAAGACAUUGCUAAAGUCCCCCUCUCUGGUAAGUCUGAGCUUUUGAAGCCUAACUUUGAUUUUUUUUAAAAUACCGUAAUUUAAGGCGCACCCAUGUAUAACGCGCACCCCAAAUUUACUUGAAAAAAAAAAUUGGGGGAAAUUAUUGUACCUGUUUAUAACGCGCACCCUAAUUUUAGCACCAAUAAAUAGAAGAAUACAAGAAAACAGAGCUCAUGUACAGAUACAGAAAUGUCAUUUUACUGACUGGUGAAACACAGCACAAGCAUAGCACAUUGGUAGUUUAAAACAAUACCGUAAACUGACAAUAUGUACAGUAAUAAUAUGAUCUGACAACUUCUUCAGCUUACCAGAAUCCAGGAGAAAACAAAACAGAUGUGACUUUUUUUUUUAAAGGCUGCUGUAUAACUUGCUCGUUUCAUCAUGAUGAAUAAAUGUUUCUUCCAUGGAUUGAUACGGUACAAUAAAAGUGGUGAUUUAGGUCAGAAAUCAGGCGAGCGCAUCGCUGUUGACUCGAAUGUAACAAUCGGAACUAUUGUUAUUUGGAUUUGAGUUUCCCGAAGGACAGAUAUAGUUGACGGACACAGAAAAUUUGUGUUAUGUUUGUUACAGUCCGAGUUGCGGAGCUGCAAUAAACGUUGACUCAAAUGAGUUCAAGAAACUAAACUCUGCUUUAUGAAGAGUGAAAAAAGCAGAAUUUAACACAGACGAAAUCAUUCGACCAAUCAGAGUGAAGUAUUACCGUGUAGCGAGUUAUAACAGAAUUCACCAGUGGAACUUAUGUUGGUACGUUGUAUAGUUCCAGGGGGGAGGUAUUUUGUUGAGGGAACAGCCGGAAAGAUAGUUAUAUUCCGCGGGUUGCAUGUGAGACAGACAUUGCUACUGUAUUUUGUUGCAGCCUAAAUGUCAAUAAAGCAACGCGGAUUAGCUCCGUUGUUUGAUACUCCGCCUCCGACUCCUUCCCUAGCUCGCCACGGCCAAAACAAAAUGGUGAUGUCACCGGGGGUGAAAGUGGGCCAGAACGGUCAGGAACGCAGUUCCGGUAUAAGAUUCAGGGCCGGAAUGCUGUUCUGGUACACGGUGCUUUGAUUCCGAAAAUAUGACGGCAACUGUCAAAACGCUAUGUGGAAAAAAAAAUAAAAAUGCUAAGCUGCCACACAUGCAUUUUAUCUCCAAGAAGAAAACAACCUACCAACAACAGAUUUACACACACAAGUGUUAACAACAAGCAUAAAAAUUGCUUGUGUAGGGUAAUCCGUUUCCACCAAUAUUUAUUAUAUAUUUUAUUCCGCGGACGGCAUGGAGGUUUCCCCAGCUGCUGCAGUUAUCUGAGUCUGAUGAUGAUGAGUGACAUCAAUGUGCGAAUGCACGCAGCAAAGCAAAACACCUGGACUCAAUUAUCCGUUCAAUUGGCUGACAUACUGACAUGUGAUCAGCAGAGAUAGUUAGCUCUGAUUGGUUCAAAUGUGCAUGUUUUCUGGAACAGCAAAAAAAAAAAAAAGUUGUUGAUUUGAUGUGACAAAAAGGGCAAUGCAACAUAUAAUGGAUCAAAUCAAAGAGCAACGAAAGAGUUGAGGCUUAUUUAUCAUAUUUAGUUUUAUUUGCUCUGAUGGGUAGGUUCACUUUGUGCACUUUGGACUUAUAUUUGUUCAUUUAUAUUAGGCUACUUAUUCAUUUCCUUAUGAUUUAAAAAAGUCAAUGUUUGCGCAAUCUUAAAUAUAUUCCAUUUCACUCUGCAUAAUAAAAGUCAUUUUUACUUAUUUUUCUGAAUGUAUGUUACUUAUAUCCUUAUUAUUAAAAAUAAGAAAAAAAGUCAAUGUUUACAUUAAAUUCAAUUUUAAUAUACAUCCUAUGUUCUUAAGUAGAUAAAAUUGAGAUUUGGCAUUUAGUAUGUGAGGAAAUGAGGGAAAAUAAAAAAUUAGGAUAUGCUGGUUGGGGUUAUUGCUGUUUUUGUUAACUUUUAUUUUUGCAAAUCAUUGAAAAAAUACAAUUUUGAAUGAAAAUCAGUUUUUGUAUGUGUUAUAGAAACAAAUGUGCUUAAACAGUUUUCUUUGUAUUUCAGUAGUGUAAGAGGUUUGACUCCCCCCCCCAAAAUGAAAGAGAAAAAUAAAAAAUUUCUGGCUCCGUGGCGACAUUCACGUCGGGGAGUUCCGGUGUUCUGCCAAAAUAUGCUACAUCGGCCUAACGUCUACAUUAGUCGAAUUUGACACCUAAAGUACUACCGUGCGCUCUAAACUUGUUUUGUUUAGAUGCAUACAGGAAUAAGGUACUAAAAAAUACCUGCAGAAAAUACUUAAAUGUAGUUAUAUCAAAUAAGGACGGUUUAAACACGCUACGUAACUAAUGUGGUCAACUGCUUCAAAGCUAACACAAAAAAACACAAUGGUUAUAAGUAUGAGAGGGUAAUACAUGCAAAAAGUAUCUUUGAGGCUGUGAAAAGGUUCUAAAUAACUAAAUAAAAACAAAAAUAGUGAGUAAUCGCCGCCUCUAACCGAUGUGCGCAUGCGUGUGAAUGCAUGCGCAAGCGCCCUGAGCAUUGUGUAGGACAUUUCGCCGCGGAGUAAGGAAUGGCCGAACACCGGCAAGAAAUUCUAGCCACUUUCACCCUUGGACGUCACGUACCGUAAUGGUCGUCAGCAGAUCGCCGCAUACGUUUCUUCAACACAACAUGGACGUGUCAAUAAAAAAAUAAAAAAAUCGGUCUUUAUCUACAGUAUAUAAUUAUUUUUUUUGUCUCCAUCCCUGUACCCGUUUAUAAUGCGCACCAUGAUUUUACAAGUUGAUUUUGGGGGAAAAAAACAGCGCUUAUAUUCGGGAAAUUCGGGAGAGACAAAGACCUUCGUGUGCGUCUUUCUUCAAUUCCAGCCAGGAUAUCGGCUUUGUGUUCAUCUAAACAGGCUCAAGUCACACUGAGUUAGAAUAAAUAAUGAGAAAUUAUUGGAUAAUUGAAUAUAUUUUACAGGAAGUAAUUUUGGAACAUUUUUGGUUUGUGGUGUACCGCGACAUUUUUUCCUAUGCAAAACCGUGCCGUGACUCAGAAAAGGUUGAAAAACACUGGUGUGAUGAGACGGGCGGGCUUUCUUGUGUACCGUUAAAAUUUGAGACAGUUGUUUGUUUCCCACUUAAAAAUGGAAAGACAAAAUGAUGCCCAGAUUGCAUUGCAGAUUUAGAACAGUGCCCUUUUCUCAGAUUCUUGAACAGUCUUUGCCCUCCAAGUGCGGCUGGUAGAGGAUCAAAACGACAUUUUUCUGACUUUGCCUCCUUGUCCCCGCGGGCCACCGGGAGUCGUUCUUCGGCUCAGAUUGUUCAGCCCCAGCUCGCUCCAUUCUGCCUUUUUCCUCAGCCAAGGAGAUUCCCUCUCUUUUAAUCACCUCUUUUAUUUUUAUAACUUGAAACUUGCCGCGGCGUCGAUAAAGAGAGACGUCCUGUUACAGGGCGAGGAGGCCAGUCAGUGUUUUCCGUGUGAAUGAUCAAAAGUGCUAAUUUAAAAAAAAAAAAAAAAAAAAAAGCUAAUUUAAGGAAUUUGAUGGCACUUUUCUUUUUCUUGUGUGUUUAAAAAAUGGAAAGUGCGCCUCUUUCAUUUCACUGCUUACAAACAACACGCAGGAUGGCUUCCUGGUUUUUCUGUUGAUGAAUCGUGAUGAUGAAUAAAGCAACAACAGAUGUGAACUUGACAAAUGUGAAUUGGUGUCCCUUUUACCGUCCAUUGUUGUACUUCACCAAAUAAACCGAAACGUGGAAUAAGUGUGUUUUGACCCGACGACAGUAUUCUGAUUUGUGCUUAUGAACGAGAUGCUACGUGGGCAAAAGUAACCGAGCGCGACCUCGAGCAGAGGCGUCCAUUUUUGUCCACGCAGUGCGCUUUGCCUUACCGGAACGCAAUGCAAGGGACCGGCAGGUGUUCCUGGUUCUGUUUACACGCAACUGAGCGUCGAUGAUGUUGAAAAAAUGUGAUCAUGUGACUCUUAAUAUGUCCAUCAAUACAGUCAUGUGAGUCAUAUUUGUGUGCGAUUUAUUUUGUAGUGUCAUUUUGGUUUGUAUAUUCAAUGUCUGCUGCACUGACUUUUUUUUUUUUUAAUCCUGCCCACUAAAGGCGCAGACUUGUUUGAGUUUCCAACACUGUGUUUUUCUUUUGUCUUUUUUCUCAGACCGUGUAAAUAACAAAACAACUCAAGCAGCGAGCUGUAAAUGAAAAACAUGCAAACUGUAGAUACUGCUUAGAGCUACAUCUUGUGUAGUCUUAUGAAGGUAGAACAAGAAAAAAAUAAAGGGAAUAUUUUGUGUUUAUGUUCUGGUGUGUUGUCAAUUUUUCCAAAGUAACAAUAUUUUUACAGUGCCCUCCAUAAUUAUUAGCACCCCUGAAAAAGAUGUGUUUUUUAGCUUCUAAUAUGUUUUUAUUCAAAUAAUAUAAGACCUUAAUGGAAAGAAAGAGAAAAAUCCAACCUUCAAUACAAGUGCAUUUAUUCAGUGGGGGGGAAAUCCCACAUAAAGAAAAAAAAUAUUUGACAUCAAAUAAUGUGUGUCACAAUUAUUAGCACCCCUGGUGUUCAUACUUUGUACAACCCCUUUUUGCCAAUAAAACAAG